GCCCCGCCCCGGCCCCGCCGCCGCGGCCACACCGGGAAGGGCUCCAGGCGCUAUGGCGGCGGCUGCGCGCAAGGUUGGAGGAAACUUCCCGCGGCCGGUGGCCUCCUGAGCUGCAGAGAGACCGAGCGGGAGCGCCCGGGCCCGGCCGCCAGGCCUCUCCCGCCGCCGGGGCAGCGGAGCCGCACUGGGCGGGCGGAGAGCGCGGGGGUGCGCAGCGGGCCCGCCUCAUGCGCAGUCACCUGCGGAGGGGCUGAGCGGAGCCGCCGCCGCCGCGCCCCGCGCCGGGGGCUCCUGGCGAGCACUUCCCGGGGCAGCCCCUGCUGCCCGGCCCUGCGGAGCCGCCGCCGAGGGACGCACAACGACCCCGCCGCCGGCCGGAACCACCGCCGGGGAGCGACCUGUCAGGGCACCUCGCAGGCCGGCCCCGAGAACCCUUCCCACGCGCUGGUUUGUCCCCGGGAGAAGGCGAGUUGGGAGCCUCUCCAUGCCUUAUCAAGUUCCUUAUCUGAGCGGCUCCCAGAAGCUGUAGAACAGUUCAGCUUUAUCUGGUGUAAGGGAGAAAAACAGUGUAGCUCUCGCACUCCAUCCUGUAUCGAGGACCACCUAUUCUGCUGGGGUUUAUCACAUGAAGAUGGUGAAAUGCGGAUUGCUGGGUGAACCAUUAGGUCCCUGUUGUGGAACGAGGGCUUUGUAUUCGCCUUCCAGUUCCUGAUCUGUGCCGUGUGUGAGAGGACGCUAAUCUUUCUCCUUCAUCCCCCUUCCCUAAACCUUUCCUUGCUUCCAUGUUGCAUUGGUCAGACUUUUGGUCAGUGUUGUUUACGGAAGGAGGGGGGAAGAAGGCAGUUGAGGUUACAAACAAAAGUACUUGUAUGACUCAUCUACUUGGAUUUAAGACAUUGUAUCAUUCUUUCACGGGGCCUUUGCUUCUUUCUGAAGGAAUCAGAUGCUUUUUCCUAUUCUUCCAGAGGAGGAUGGAUUGAAAGUUGUACGUUUUAGACUUUUCUUGGGCCACUGCUGAUAUUAUUAAAAGACAUAAUGGGACUGUUUCACUGGAUUAUUGCCAGAAUUAGUUUACACACUGAAACAAUGAGUUGUUAGGCCUCUCAUAUGAUAAUAUUUGUCCUGCUUUAAGAUAAAGUUGCUGUGGAGGUGUUUUUAAAAUUGCGGAGGACAGUCUGCAUCAGAAGAGGCUCUCUUCAUCUCUGGUUGGUGUGGCAACCACAAUCUGUCCUCGAUGCCUUCAGCCUUGGCCAUCUUCACUUGCCGCCCGAACUCCCACCCGUUUCAGGAGCGUCAUGUCUACCUGGACGAGCCUGUCAAGAUCGGCCGCUCGGUGGCUCGCUGCCGGCCAGCCCAGAACAAUGCCACCUUUGACUGCAAGGUGCUCUCCAGGAACCAUGCUCUGGUCUGGUUUGAUCACAAGACAGGCAAGUUCUAUCUUCAAGACACUAAAAGUAGUAAUGGUACCUUUAUUAAUAGUCAGAGACUGAGUAGAGGAUCUGAGGAAAGCCCACCAUGUGAAAUUAUGUCAGGUGACAUCAUCCAGUUUGGUGUAGAUGUGACGGAGAACACGCGGAAAGUGACCCAUGGAUGUAUAGUCUCCACAAUCAAACUGUUCCUUCCAGAUGGAAUGGAGGCUCGAUUGCGAUCAGAUGUUAUCCAUGCACCAUUACCAAGUCCUGUUGACAAGGUUGCUGCUAACACUCCCAGUAUGUAUUCUCAGGAAUUGUUUCAGCUUUCACAGUAUCUACAAGAAGCCUUACAUCGGGAACAAAUGUUGGAACAGAAGCUGGCAACCCUUCAGCGGCUACUUGCUGUCACACAAGAGGCUUCAGAUACUAGUUGGCAGGCUUUAAUAGAUGAAGACAGGCUGCUAUCAAGACUAGAGGUUAUGGGAAAUCAAUUACAAGCUUGUUCAAAGAAUCAAACAGAAGACAGUAUACGAAAAGAGCUUAUAGCAUUACAGGAAGACAAACACAACUAUGAGACAACAGCCAAAGAGUCCCUGAGGCGGGUCCUUCAGGAGAAAAUUGAAGUGGUCAGAAAAUUAUCUGAAGUGGAGCGGAGUUUAAGUAAUACAGAGGAUGAAUGUACACACCUGAAAGAAAUGAAUGAGCGGACUCAGGAAGAAUUAAGGGAAUUAGCUAAUAAGUACAAUGGAGCUGUAAAUGAAAUUAAAGAUCUUUCUGACAAGCUAAAGGUAGCAGAAGGAAGACAAGAAGAAAUCCAACAAAAAGGACUGGCUGAGAAAAAGGAAUUGCAGCAUAAAAUAGAUGAAAUGGAAGAAAGAGAGCAAGAGCUUCAAGCAAAAAUAGAAGCUUUGCAGGCUGAUAAUGACUUCACCAAUGAGCGGCUGACUGCUUUACAAGUACGGUUAGAACACCUGCAAGAGAAAACUCUUAAAGAACACAACAGCUUAGGCAUACAAGUUGACGACUUCAUACCUAAAAUUAAUGGGAGCACAGAGAAAGAGCACUUUCUUUCAAAGAGUGGAGGGGACUGCACUUUUAUUCAUCAGUUCAUAGAAUGUCAGAACAAGAUCAUAGAUGAAGAACAUCUAACCAAAGUGGAAGAAACAAAGCUUUUGAAAGAAAACCAAGCACGAGUCAAAGAAUCGAACGAUUUGUCUGACACCCUUAGCCCAAGCAAGGAAAAAAGCAGCGACGACACACUACAGGUGUGGGGUUUCUUUUUAGAUGCUCAAAUGGAUGACCAAGAUCUAAAUGAACCUAUUGUCAAAGUAGCUCUUCUAAAAGAUGAAUUGCAGGGUGCACAAUCAGAGACUGAGGCUAAGCAAGAAAUUCAGCAACUGCAUAAGGAGCUGAUUGAAGCCCAAGAGCUAGCUAGGACAAGUAAACAAAAAUGCUUUGAACUUCAAGCUCUCUUGGAAGAAGAGAGAAAAGCAUAUCGAGUGCAAGUUGAAGAAUCCAACAAGCAAAUAAAUGCUCUGCAAGCUCAGUUGCGAAGGUUACAAGAAGAAAUUGAGAAUCUUCGCAAGGAGAAGGAGAAUGAAAUUUCAGCCACUCGAAAUGAACUAGUCAGUGCUCAAAAUGAGAUUCUGUCACUUCAAAAAGUAGCAGAAAAAGCAGCCUCAGAACGAGACACAGAUAUUUCUGCCUUGCAAGCUGAGCUGCAGACGGUGCGAGCGGAGCUUGACCGCUGGAGGAACGAUGCCUCGGACUAUGAAAAAGAAAUUGUCAAUCUGCAAUCCCGGUUUCGGCUCAAGUGCCAGCAGUGUGAGGAGCAGCAGAGGGAGGAGGCCUCUCGCCUGAAAGAUGAACUUGAAAAGUUGAAGGCAGAGUGGAUUGCUCUGGAAGCUGAAUGUGUUAAACUGAGGAAGGAAAAUACUUCACUUACGUCUGAACUUCAGAGACAAGAGAAGGAGCUUUCUAGCUCUCAGAAACAGAGUUUAGCGCUAACCAGCGAUAUAAGUGUUCUUGAAAUGUCUCGGAAGGAACUUGAAAAUCAGAUGGGAUCGUUGAGAGAAAAACAUCAACGGGAUGCAGCCAGUCUGAAAACUCAACUCAGUGAAGCUGAAAGUCAAGCAAAAGAUUUUCAGAAAGAGUAUGAAAGAACACAGACUGUGCUCUCAGAGCUGAAGGCCAAGUAUGAGGUGGCUGAACAACAAAACCAGUCACUCACGGAGGAGCUCAAACAAUGUAAAGAAAACCUGAAGCUGCUACAAGAAAAAGGAAACAAUAGACAAUGGCCUUGGAUGCCUGUGAUGGCAGCUUUGGUUGCUGUAACAGCCGUGGUGCUGUACCCAGGCCUAACCAGAGCUUCUCCAUGAGAACUGUUGUUGAAUCCAUACACCGUCCUCCCUUUAGAAGCUGGCAACAUUCAUUUACUGAGGGAAAACAGAUUAAUUAUCUUCCUUUUUACCUCUUAAUACAGCACAGCUCUGCGUGAGAACAGCAGUAGGGUCAUUUGCUUUAAACUGUAUAAAAUGUAUCUGUCUAUAAAGAGGGAAUAAAAUUGUGAUUCAUCAUUCUGUGAGCAAUAUUUUUGCUUACAACUUCAUGCAAGUUUUAAAUUAGUAUGUUGGGAUUCCGAAUACUAUAAUGGUGGCCUAAAGCAGGCUUCUUGGUACCAAAUUAUUUAUAAUGGCUAGGGUUGUGGACACUGACUUUAGAAUCUGAUUGCUAGACUUAAGAGGAAAAUACUGAUUUGGACAUCCAAGCCAAGUAACCUUGCAGAUACUUGGGAAACAGAUGCAGUGUGCUCAGUGCCUUUCAGUAUGAUCUAUUUUUUUUUAAACUAGUGUAUCAUUUUACUUGCUGUUAGUCACUGAGCUGUUGGGAACAAGACUUAAGAAAACUUCUCUUACUACGCCUUUCGAAGGAAGCAUAUUUUUCUUUCAUAAGGAUUGCUUUAUUAAUGGGUUUUGGGAAUAAACACAAUUCAUGUCCAGCCUUAAAGAGAUAGAGAUGCUGAUGGUGAAGACCAGCCUCAAGUAUUUAGUGUGCGCGUGUGCGAGUGUAAGCAUGUGUGUGUUCUUGAGUGAACUAAGGUGUUUCUGGGAGCAAGUACUUGGUCAUUUGAUGGACAUAGUGCAUUGAUUCAACUUAUGUUAACUUUAGUUUGAAUGUAAUUUAUUAAAUUUCAUAUAUUUAAAGAGAUACGUUCUUUAAAAGUAUGAAUACCUUCUCACAUAUCACAUGUAUCAGUUUAUUUUUUCAGUCAUUUGAUACCUUCUGACUUGAGCUGGAGAAGCUCUUUAGAAUAAGCUUUUGUGGACAUAACUUUAUUAAGAGAACUGCUACAGUACGUCUGUGAUAGCUGAGAAAAUCUAGAUACAUAAAAUACUACAAAAUUGGAAUCAUAUACCUGAUGAAGCAUUGUCAGGUGAAGAUGAUUUUAAUUUGGUAGUAAAAUUUUGUGGCUCCUUAUCACAUGGCUGUAAGUAUGAUGCAGUGGUCCCCAUUACAAAGUUUAUUUUCCUUAUCUAAGUACUAUAACUAUAGCUAUUUGCUGACUUUUGGUGGGAAUCACUGUAGUUAGUGCUGAAUUAAAUGUAGACAGUAGUUGUCUUGUUCAGCUCAACAGUUCUGUCAAAAAAGUUUAUUAAAGACUUAAAUAAUAUGUUAAAGAAUGGUAAAGUAAUAUGGCUCUGCUAAAGGAAACUUCAAAAUAGGGAGGUAAUCUCAGCAAUUCAAUUGGCUUUAAAUAAUGUUAUGGCAAUCGACACAUAGUUUAAAUAUUUAAAUAGAAAUUUAGUAUAUAAUUUACUUUGUGAGGUUUUAAGGGUCAUUGUCCUUUAAUUAAAGGUUCUAUCUUAAGUUACAUGGGAUUUGCUACUGGGAGGAUUAUUAGUUGGAGAAAAUAGUCCACAAGUGACUUGUAGAAAAUAACUAUUGUCAUUUAGUUCAUUCAUUUCAUCCUUUUCAUCCUUUUCAGUUGCAGGAAGCCACCCAACCACAGAACACUCGUAUGCCAGUGGUACUUAGUACCUCUUGUAUAUAGGUUAUUGCAAAUAUUGUUCUGAAAUGCUUAACUUCAGAAUUACAUUUUUUUAAGUAAUUAAUUGUUUUAAAUCUAUUUUGUAAAGAUAUAAAAAUACAAUAGAAUUUCUGGAGUACAGAUUAAACUAUUUGCACUAACACACGUGAUGUGCAUGAUUUAAUAAAAUAACUUUACUCUCCCUAUGCAUGUUUGAGUUGAAUGUCAUUUGAAAACAAGAGAUUCAUGCUAAGUUUCUUUUGCACUAGAUAUUGCCACAGUUACUAGGCCCAGUGUCUGCAGCAUGUCCAGUAAGAGCAAAAGACUUUUUUUUUUUACCUUUUAUUUCACAUUUGUGCUGGUUUAAGUUUUGGUCUAGCUGAUCCCUCUGUCUGUGGUUUUCAGAAGGAAGUGGAGUAGGAGAGAGUCCUGGAAGGCUUGGGAGCAUAUUGCCAUGGAGGAGGAAGAGGUGUUGGAGCUGCAGGGUGGAUGUGCCCAUGGCAGGGGUGGUGAGAUGGGAGGAGCAGUGGCUGCAGGUCCUGGGCAAUAGAGGAAAGCCCUGCAGGGGGAAGGGAGCCUGAUGCUGCCUCCUCACCUCUUCAGCAUCUCAAACUCCCUGUUUGUCCCUGUUUCAGGUACUGUUUCUUCUGCAGUGGAUUCCCUCCCCUCCUCCUGCUGGUAGCCUGAGGAGGUGGAGCCUGGCAGAGCCGGGGGUCCCUCCUCCCUGGCAGCAGAGAAGGUGCCAGGUUCCCUGGGGGCAGCUGGGGGGCCCUGCACCACAGCAGGUCUGCCUGGGGCUUAAUUUGUUCAUGUAUUAAAGACAAAUGUUGUGUUUUCCAAAAUCUUUAGCACGUCAGAGAGCUGCAGUUUGAGGCUGAACAUGGUUGUAUUAAAGGAGAAGUAUUUCUAAUUUCCUUAUGUGCAUGUAUGCAUAUUUAUAUUCUAUACACAGGUGCAUAGUACACAUUGCAUGGGGGCUUGUGCUUACAAGUAUACCUGUGGUUCCCUAAUACAGUGCCUUUUCCAGGAGUUCUUGACAUUUGCAUGUUCAAAAUGAUGAGGAAUGAGCUAAAAUGCACAGUUCACUCUUCUGUUGUGAGAAUCCCUGGAGAAGGGUUGGGUAACUGGGAAGGUGCUGUUCUUCAGUGCUUUGAUACUAAAACACCAAGUGGAGUUAUUUUGCAAGGACUCCUUGCACAAACCUUUCUGGGUUUUUAUUGCUUUUUUAAUGGUAAAUGUGUGUGUGCUCUUUUACAUUCAUAUUUAGGUUCUUUCUUUUGUUACGCUUGGUUAGCUGAGCCUUGGAGUUUCUAUACCGAGCAGUUUUUCACACAUGUGAGAUGCUCCACUUGUAAAACAAGUGCUCUGAGCUUGCACUGAAGUUUGAGGUUUUAAAAAGGUUCCUCAUAGUAGCAAAGUUAGAGAGUUGUUUUAUCAGUUGCUAGUUCAAUUUGGAAGAUUUAGUAUAAAUCUUAGAAUAUCUGAACACUUCAGAUUUGUCCUGGGGUCUUGAGUGAGGCACCUUUUUUAAAUUCAAAAGGAGUUACCUACAUGGGGACUACAAUAUCAGGCCUUUUAUUUAAAAAUACAAAUAUGUGAACAAUAUAGUGUGAUUUUCCUUGUAGCUGAAUUAAAUGCGUUCUUCCAGAGUCUUUGCGUCAUCCUUUUUGCAGAAUGUCUGGAUUUUUUUGGUGCUAAAUGGAGAAUUGUGAGCCUGCACAAUCUAUUGCAAGAGUUCUCAUGAAACAGUGAGAAUUAGUAUCAGAUAACUGAUAGCUGAAGCAAAGGUAAUCAGUCACCUGUGCAUGUAUUUUUGGGGUAUAUCCCUGAGCUAUUUUUCUAAUCAAGUCUUCUGAAGUAUGUUACCUGUUCCAGAUUUCUGUGUGCUUUAUGUAAGAUUUUGAAUGUCUCCUGCCUUAAUCCAUAGGGUUCUGCCACUUGCAAGAAUAAUUUCUUUGGCUUGAAUCUUUUCCAUGACAAAUCCACUGCCGAAUUCAUUCCACCAGCAGCAUCUGAGUGCUCUAAAACACCAGGUCACCACUAUGGCUUUUGGGAAGCCACUGUCCUUUGCACUGGCUCUGCAAGUGGGGCUGGCCAGGUUUCACCAGGGGCCUUUUCCCCCUCUGGCUGUUCAUCCACAUUAGUGUUUCAUUAGCAACUGCCUCAAAAUUUUGAGUCUCCUAUUUGAGUCUCCUAUUAAUAAUAGCAGUUGAUCAUAAAACAGAAUUAGAAGCCAUAUUCUUUCCUUCUGUCUUGCAUAUACCUCUAGGUCUGUUUGAAGAGUGAUUGCUUCCUGCAAACAGCUGCAUUGAAUUCCCCAGAUCCAGCUGAUUUGCCCAUCCCAGUCCCUCUUUGCACGUGCUUGUGAACACAGAAUUCCUCUUUCUUCACUGGUGGGGAAUUGGGCUGCAGUAUAGGGGAUUAUUUUCUGGCUUUCGUGGGUUUUUACUUUGUACAAACUUGUUGAAAGUGAGCAGAGGUUUGUCCAACCAGAGCCAAGUUCUUCUGCUUGGAAGAGAGGGGCUGCAUUCAUUCCUGCUUAAGAUCUGGGUGCUACCAGUGUCUGACUAAAGGCUCCCAGCAGUAGAAGGUCAAUCAGCAAUUGAAACACAGGUUUUGAAGGGAAGGGACAUUACAGGCUCGAGUUCCCAUUUGUAAAGGUAAGAGGAACUCAUCUGAUCAUUAAUCUGGAUAUUCCAGUCAUAAAACUUCAGUCUGAUUUCAGCAGCAGCAGCAGCAUGUCAAGAGGUUCAGCAUUCAUUAGGAAAAAAGAAUUCUUGCUUUGAGAAGUUCAAAAAGUUCAGAAAAAGGAUCAGUCGCCUCUGUAGAUAAGGUACGUGAGCAAGUACUGUUCUCUCAAAAAACCCCAAACCAAUCCCCAACCCUGUGUUUCAGUUCAUCUUGCUUUGCCUUCCAAAAAUGGAACUCCAAUACAUCUCUCUUGGAGGAUGUUGUUUUGCUGCAAAUCUUGUCCUGAUCUAGGGAUUUGACAUACUGUGUUCAUACCUUCCAAUCUUAUGAAUGAAUUUUAAAUUUUUUUUCCUCAUCCCUCUAGUUUUUGUUGUCAGCUUUUUAAACAAUUUUUAAUUUUCCAAAUGUUACCUUUUGAAGAGUAGAUGCCAGAACAGAACAUGUCCUUACAGUUAUUACCAUACUAACAUCAUAUGAAUAGACAAUAAGGUUUAUAUCCUGCUCUGGUAUUCUGGUUUGAUUGUCUACCAGAACUUUUUUUGGGGGGGAUUCACUGACUUCUAGCUUCUAGAUUUAACUUUGUCGAUCAAAUCACUGUACUCCUCACAUCACCCCAGUAUGAGGUGCACCCUGUGGUAUCUGACUUUGCAAUAUUUUUUGGUAAAAACCACUGGAGGCAGCAGGCCCAAGCAGCAGCCUGUUCCCAUCACUGUUCAGCACAGCACUGAAGGAGGUUUUUUCCCCUUUAGGUUUUAUAGGGAUGGCUCCUAAAGCUUUAUUUUAGACUAUUGAUCAUAUGCUAUUGAACAGUAGUGAGAGAAAAGCUGAUCCCUGAAGCACAAUAGGGAAAAUAUUCAUAGAAUAAUUCCUUCACUUAGUUUUCACAAACUGACAGCUGUUCUGCAUUAUUAAACAGUGAUAGUAGUGUAGUGAUCACUUUAUUGGAAUGUCAUGACUUACAAAAGUCUUGGUUUAAUAACACUAUUAAUAAACUCAUUUUUUAAGAAGCUUUGAAAAGGGGGAUUUUAUUUUCUAAAUGCUUUGACAGGUAUGAAUUAUUUUACAUUCUUGAAUCUUUUGCUGACUGCUUCCUGUAGAUUGUUCUAUGAUCUGCUUAUAUCUUAGAAUGAAGCAAAGCCAGUCCUUUUCCCAGGAUCAGACAUUUUACUGUCUUCCCUCAGCCCCAUCAUGUUGUUUGCACAUUUCUGACACUUCCCUCUCCAAGCAUUUCAGAUUCCAGGUUGUUCAGUGACUGAGUUUCUCAGUGAGCAUCAUUCCCAGAGCUGGCUGUGUCUCAGCCCCAAGGCACUGAGGGAUGUGGAUGUGUGUCCGUGCUGUUCUGGGGUUGUGCUUGCAUGUGGUGGAGCAGGACAUGGGCACUGGUGUUCUGUGGCCAUGAGAGAGAGUGAGGUGUAAUUGAGGUUGUUGGGUAAAUGGUUCUCAGCUGUGGGAAUGGAGAUGUUGGCAGGGAGAGGUAAUUCCUGUGUUCUGUCAGGUGAGACACUGAAAAUGCCAAUGUGCUGCCAAAGUGUGUCAUCCCUUCCUCGUGUCUGAUGAACAAAUCCAAAGCCUGGGUUAAACUAAAAGCAAUGUUUUAUUACCUGAUCAUAUUAGUCAGUAACUGAGACAAAAGAGUGAAGUCAUCAGUUCAUUCUGUUCUAUUGGAAUAAAAUGUAACCAAAAGCUUACCUGUAUUUGUUUCAGUACCCGCUGUUGGGACAUGGAUUUAUUUUUUUUUAGAAACACCGCACACACACUAUGGUAAAGUACUGCCUUCAGUAUGGAAUGAAUUUGCUAUUUUAAUCUUUUCAUGCUAGAUCAUUUAUGAAGUUUAUAUUCUAUUUAUAUUUCUUGUAAGGGUUCUUGCUCUGGAAAAUAAUUUUAUUGAAUAUGUCAUCAGUUUUGAUGUGACAAAACUACUUCUUGUCUUGAAUACAGUGGCUCUUACUUUAAAAAUGUUCCAAAUAUGCAAUAUGUCUUUUGGGAUGAAUAAAUGGUAAAAAUUAUGAGAAUAAAUUUACAUCACAACAGAAAGCUGAUUUGUAUUGUACAUAGUCUUUCAUUCAGCCUAACUCCAAAUUUCAGCACUCCCUAACUUCUGAACCUGCUACACUCUUCUUUACUGGGAUAGAAGACAAGUUGCUAAUUAAUGAAUUGAUUAAAACUGAUUUCAAAGCUGGAAUCUAUUUACCUGUUUACUUUGUGCAAAUGGGAUUUGCAGCCACAUGAGCUUCCCUCCUCUGUGACAUGGUAAAGCUGGGCUCCAACAGGUCUGAACCCAGGGAAGGAAGGGCUGGAGCACAGGGUAGGAAUGCAACCUUGGUUUGUGCAAGAGUUAAGUGGGUUUAGUGGUGAGACAUCCUCAGGGGAUCAGUCACUGAUCAUCCUUUUAGAAAGACCAACAAUCCUACAGUAUUUAUCUUUACUGUAAAUCAAAGGGAAUUCUGGAGUUCUGUUUCAGUGCUGACUCAAGCAAAGGACAUUCAAUGAGUCACAUAAUUUCAGCAAGUUUGAGGAAGGAAAGUCUCCUCCCUGUUUGGAGACUGUGUGGUUUGGAUCCACCCCAGGGUGCAGUUUAAGUACACAUGGUUUCACUCCAGGCAAGCAGUAAGUCCUGGUGUAAGACCCAGGUAACUUAUCUCUUCUAUUUUUCAAUUUAAAAAGUUACAGUCAGAAUUGGCAUUAAAACAUUC